AUGCCUAGCUACAAGAUUGUUGUUUUCGAGGGUGACCACUGUGGUCCGGAGGUCACCAAGGAGGCUAUCAAGGCUCUCAAAGUUGUUGCCGCUAGCAACCCUGAUAUUGAGUUCGACUUUCAGCCUCACUUGUUGGGUGGUGCCUCAAUUGAUGCGAUUGGCACCGCCCUCGGUGAUGAAGCUCUCUCUGCCGCUAAAUCAGCCGAUGCCGUCCUCUUAGGCGCUGUCGGUGGACCCAAAUGGGGAACCGGCGCUGUUCGCCCUGAGCAGGGUCUCUUGAAGCUCCGCAAGGAAAUGGGAACCUUCGGCAACCUCCGUCCUUGUAAUUUCGCCGCCGAAUCGCUGAUCCAAUUCUCACCGCUCAAGGAGUCUGUCUGCCGCGGUGUCGACUUCAACAUCAUCCGUGAACUAACCGGAGGAAUCUACUUCGGUGACCGCAAAGAGGAUGAUGGUGAUGGCUAUGCCUACGACAUGGAGCCUUACCACCGUCACGAGGUUGAGCGCAUCACCCGCUUAGCUGGUCACCUAGCUAUGCAACACAACCCCCCGCUCCCUGUGUGGAGUUUGGACAAGGCGAAUGUCCUUGCUACCUCUCGCCUGUGGAGAAAAACCGUCGACGAGGUUAUGAUCAAGGAGUUCCCGACCAUCAAGUACGGCCACCAGUUGAUUGAUUCUGCGGCUAUGUUGAUGGUCAAGAACCCCCGCGCGCUGAACGGAAUCAUUGUUACGAGCAACUUGUUCGGAGAUAUUAUCAGUGACGAGGCCAGUGUCAUUCCAGGAAGUUUGGGGCUCUUGCCUAGUGCAAGUUUGUCGGGCAUCCCUGAUGGUAAGACCAAGGUUAAUGGUAUCUACGAGCCUAUUCACGGAUCUGCUCCAGAUAUCGCUGGUAAAGGGAUUGUCAACCCUGUUGCCGCUAUUCUAUCAUGUGCCAUGAUGCUCAGCACUGGCGACAUCGGUGGAAAGGCCACCACUGCUGAGGUCGGUGACAAGAUCGCCGAGGUUCUUGCCGAGAUUUUGGAGGCAUGA